AUGGGGUCGGUGCGACCUGAGAAUUUGAGGCGUGCGCCCUUGACCAAAGGGUCAUCGAUUGACUAUCUCGAAUAUGUCGACGUGACUCCAGUCAUCGGCCGCGAGUAUCCCACCGCCAGGAUCAAAGACAUGCUCGCGGCAGAUAACGCUGAAGAACAACUUCGCGACCUGGCCAUCACCAUAUGCGAGCGGGGCGUGGUCUUCUUCCGAGCUCCCCAGGAUGAUCUGUCUAUCGACGAGCAAAAAAAUGUCACCGAUCUUCUUGGCAAACUAACGGGACGGCCGGACGAGAAUGGCCUCCAUGUCCAUCCUCUGUACAACGACCCAAACAAUGUGCCCAUGGCUGAUGGCACCACGGACAAGAACAUCUACGUGAUCAACUCCGAGGCCCAAAAGAAGCUGUACGCAACCAUGAAAAAGCGUCCUGGCACCUCCCCUGAUGAGCCCAGAGACCUCGGACGCGAGUGGCACAGCGACAGUCUUUUCGAGACCUGCCCCUCUGAUUUCUCGUUUUUGCGGAUGCAGGCCACUCCGGCCGCCGGGGGCGACACGCUCUGGGUGUCGGGCUAUGAGCUGUACGACCGGCUCUCGCCGCCCUUCCAAUGCUUCCUCGAGACCCUGACGGCCGAGUGUGCGCAGCCCGUCUUCAAGUCGGCGUGCGAGGCCGGCGGGUACCAAGUCAUGUCGCCGCGUGGCUCACCUCUCAACGUCGACUUCGCAUUCGCGCCCCACCACCCAGUGGUCCGCACCCACCCGGUGACGGGCUGGAAGAGUGUGUUCGCAGGCGUGGGCUUGCACGUGUCGAGGAUCGAUGGAGUGUGGGCGCAUGAGGACCAGAUCAUCAGGGACUACUUGAUGCGGCUCAUCACGCGAAAUCACGACUGCGUCGCCAGGAUGCACUGGACCAAGGGGGCUUGUGCUAUAUGGAGCAAUGCUUGCACCCUACAUGCGGCCACGCCUGACACGCACCUCACUGAUGGAGUCAGAUUGGGCGUCCGGGCAUCCGGUAUUGGAGAAGUACCGAAGCUCAUGAACACGUCCCAGGUCAUGGACCAAUGGCAGGUCCAUUUCGACAGGCCCACUGGCGGUAGACUUGGCAUCAUAGUAGCAAUUCUCGAUAUUGGAUCUCUGUGUAGCUUCUGGAUGGUGCCCUUCUUCGCGGACAACUACGGGCGGAAGACGCCCAUCAUCAUUGGCUGUGUCGUCGAGGCGAUUGGUGCCUUCAUCGGCGCCUUCUCCAAUGGCUACGGGAUGUAUAUGGCCGGCCGAUUCAUUCUUGGUUUCGGAAGCUCCUUCAACGGCGGAAUGGCUGGCCUGCUUAUUACCGAGGUAGCCCACCCUCAGCACCGGGCAAAGGCCUCGGCCAUUGUGAACUGCAUGUAUGGUGUCGGGUCCACCUCGUGCGCCUGGCUGGCGCUGGCCACCAUCCGCAUCGCGGGAGACUGGUCCUGGCGCUCGCUCACCCUCCUACAGGCCUUCCCUGCGGUACUUGUGCUCGCCUUUAUCCACUGGAUACCCGAGUCGCCGCGCUGGCUGGUCGCCAAGGAAAGAUACGAACAGGCCGAGGAGAUGUUGGCUCGGUACCACGGCAACAAUGACAGGGCCAACGAGACGGUCGCGUUUGAGUUCCAAGAGAUGAAGCAGACGCUGGCGCUCGAGUUCCAGACUAAGAAGUCAAGCAGCUUCCUUGACUUUGCGAGAACCGCAGGGAACAGGUAUCGCGUUCUUUUGCUCGUCUCGCUGGCGAUGGUAUCGCAGUACAGCGGCAGUAAUCUAUUCUCAAACUACGCCAACAAGAUAUACGAGGGUGCUGGUAUUCAUGAGCAGACGAACAAGAUCCUCCUUAGCGGAGGCCAGACUAUACUGUCUCUGGUCGUCUCGGUCACCUUCUCCCUUUUCAUUGAUCGUCUCGGGCGCCGUCCCCUCUUCCUCGCGUCGACCGCCGGUAUCGUGCUCGCAUACAUGGGCUGGACCAUUAUUAGUUCGCAGUAUGAGCGGACCCAGGAUCUGGCGAGAUUCGGUUAUCCUCAGAUCGCGUUUAUCUGGUUGUUCACAGUCGCCUACCAGAUUGCCUGGACGGGCGUCAUGGCGGCCUAUGCGCUAGAAAUCAUGCCGUAUAGCCUGCGAGCAAAGGCCGGUGUGAUCCAGACCAUCUUUGUAAAGGGGCUCAUUGUCCUAGGAAGUUACACCAACCCAAUCGCUUGGGAUAGCUUCACCGCUGCUGGACAUGCAUGGACGCUUGCGAUGUUCUAUACUAUACUGGACUUCUGCUAUCUCGUCUUUGUGUACUUCUUCUACCCUGAGACAAAGGGUCUGACGUUGGAGGAGGUCGCAAAAGUGUUCGAUGGCGACGACGCCAAGGUCGCUAGGAUGAACGUCGGGGAUGUCAAGAUGGAGCUCGAGACAGAGAAGGAUGCAGCCAUUUCCACCGUCAAGGCUCUGUGA